AGAGGCAAUCAAAGUCAAGAGGGAAAGGCAAGAGCGGCGGUAUAGAUUCUAGAAAGAAGCAGAACGUAAAGGAGGCUGACACAGACAGUGACGUUCCUGAUGUGAGGAAAACCAAGAAAAAGGGUGAAUCUGACAAAACCAGCAAAAAGAAAAGAAAGAAAGCAAAGAAAGAGGAUGAAGUGGAGGACGAGGUGGUGAGCAGCAGCGAGGCUGCAAGUGAGGAUGAACACAACAACAAUAGACCAAAAGCCAAGCCAAAGACAAAAAGCACUGAGAAGCUUCCUGAUGUUGUUCAAGUGAUCGAGGUGAGCACAAAGGGCUCAAAGAAGAAAUCAUCUGUGAAAGGCAACCAAGAAGGUGUGAUGGGAGCAAAAGACAAGAAGUCCAAAGACGAAGGCAAGAAGCAGAAGAAGGCUGAAAAAGAGGAGCAAGAAGAAGAAGAUGAUGAUUCUCAAAAGAAAAAGAAAGAGAAGAAGGCCAAGAAAGGGUCCACAGAUAGUGACGAUGAGGGCAAGAAAGGCAAGGGCAAGAAAAAGAAAACAAAAAACGUUGACUAUGUCGAGAUCUAUGAGAAUGAAUUAAGGAACUAUGAGCCAGAAAAGGUGGAGAACUAUGAAGAUGAAUAUCAUAAGAAGAAAGUGUAUGAGGUGGUCACCGUCACGGGAGACGUAACUGGGGCGGGCACAGAUGCCAAUGUCUUUAUCGCUCUGUUUGGCGAAUAUGGCAUUACUCCCAAGUUGCACCUUGCCAGCAAAAAUCGCACUGCUUUUGAAAAAGGGAAAACGGAUGUCUUCCGUAUAAAAACUCACAACAUUGGGCAUUUAAAAAAGAUUAGGAUUGAGCAUGAUAAUACUGGCUUAAAUGCUAGCUGGUUCUUGGACCGUGUGGUGGUGACAGACAUGAACAGACCUCAUCUACGCUUUUACUUUGCCUGCAACAACUGGCUCAGCAAAAAAGAAGGUGAUGGGCUUUUCGUGCGGGACCUGCUUGGCUCUUUGGACCCCUCAGAUAUGCCAAAAUAUAAUAAGUAUGUAGUGAGUGUAUUCACUGCAGAUGUCAAGGGCAGCGGCACAGAUGCUGAUGUGUUCAUUAAUAUUUUUGGAGAAAAUGGAGAUACAGGCGAAAGGAGACUAGAUAGUGACAAAAACAAUUUUGAGAGGGGAACAGAGGACAAGUUCACCAUCGAAGCACCAAAUCUUGGAAGAAUAAGGAAGAUCACGAUAGGCCACAACAACAAAGGCUCCUCUGCUGGAUGGUUUGUUGAAAAGGCGAUAGUGGAUGACUUAGGAAACAAGGCCAUGUAUGAGUUCCCUAUAAGUCGUUGGUUUGCCAUAGACGAGGAUGAUGGAAAGAUUCAAAGGGAUGUUUUAGUGGGAGGAAGUCAACCCACAGGCAUUGUUUACAACGUGCAGGUGGUGACAGGGAACAUUAGGGGAGCUGGCACCAACUCCAAAAUCCACAUGAUCAUGCACGGCUCCAAAGGCUUAAAGAACAGUGGAAAGAUCUUCCUAGAGGGAGGAAAAUUUGAACGUGGGCUCACAGACAUCUUUAACAUAGAGAUCGCGGCUCUCCUGAGCCCUCUCAGUCGCAUCACUAUUGGCCAUGACAAUGGAGGAGUUAAUGCAGGGUGGUACUGUGAUAAGGUAGUAGUCUACUGCCCAUUCACUGGCAUUGAGCAGACCUUCCCUUGUUCAAAGUGGCUGGAUGAGCAUGAGGGAGAUGGACUGGUUGAGAGAGAGUUGUAUGAGAUGGUUUCCCUGCGACAGAAAAGACAGAAAAAACAUCCAUGGUCUCUCUGGAUAUGGACGUCUGAUCUUCCCGGAGCAGGCACAGAUGCCUCUGUACUUCUUCAAAUCUAUGGAGAAAAGGGCAAGUCUGAUGAGAUGAGGCUGGAUAACAAAACAGACAAUUUUGAGCAGGGUCAGCUUGAUAAGUUCAUGAUCGAACUUCCUGAUCUUGGAAAGCUGACAAAAUUAAGAAUUUGGCAUGAGAAGAGACAUCCAUUUGCAGGCUGGCAUCUAAGCCGUGUGACACUGAUGAAGACGUUGACAAAGGAGAAAUUCAAUUUUCCUUGUGAGCGCUGGCUAGAUACAAAUGAAGAUGACAACGAAGUUGUCAGGGAGCUCCCUGGCAUGGGGGAUCUUAUCCAAGAGCCACUGACAGUCAUAAAGUAUCGAGUUACAGUAUACACUGGAACUGUCAGUGGAAGUGGGACCGAUGCCUCAGUCUUCCUUUGCCUGAUUGGUGAUUUAGGAGACACAGGUGACCGUACAUUAAUCAACUGCAAGAACAAUGUCAACAAGUUUGAAAAGGGCAAUGCUGAUGAGUUCAUAAUUGAAGCCGUGUCCAUUGGACAGGUGCGCAGAGUACGGAUUGGCCAUGAUGGGCGAGGAGGAGGUUGUGGUUGGUUUCUAGACAAAGUGGUGGUCAGGGAGGAAGGGCAGACUGAAACUCAAGCUGUAGAGUUCCCAUGUAACAGAUGGCUUGACCGUAAUGAGGACGAUGGCCAGAUUGUUCGGGAGUUAGUUCCAUUCGCUGAUGGACAGAGACUCUUUAAUGUCAGCUAUCAUAUCGCAGUGAAGACUGGAAACAUCAGCGGUGGCAGCUCUGAUUCCAGAGUCUUUGUGAAGCUUUAUGGGGAGAAGGGUGACACCAGUAGAAUGAUGCUGGUCGUCUCUGACAAUAACCUGGGGAACUACUUUGAAACAGGGCGGGUGGAUGUCUUCAAAGUUGAGACAUUAGACAUUGGACAAAUCAACCGUCUGAUGAUUGGCCACACUAAUGAAGGCAUGAGAGCAGGCUGGUUUCUGGACAGUGUGCAAAUCAUGGUCCCCAACCAUGGCAAACACUACAUGUUCCCCAGCCAUCGCUGGCUCUCUGAAGACGAGGCUGACGGCAAAACCGAAGUGGAGAUCUACCCAAGUGAAAUACUGGACGUGGAAGAAUUAAAAAACUAUGAGAUUACCGUGGAGACAGGAGAUGUUUGGGCUGCAGGAACCAAUGCCAAUGUUUGCAUCCAAAUAUAUGGAGACCAAGGAAAGACAGAACUUAUAACUUUGAAAAGCAGGUCAAAUAGCUUUGAAAGAGGAACUACUGAUAUAUUCAAGACUGAGGCUAAAGAUGUGGGGCAGAUCUUCAAGAUCCGCAUUGGUCACGAUGGAUCAGGAAUUGGCGCUGGGUGGUAUUUGGACAAGGUAGACAUAAAGUACCUGGUCAUGGCCAUGGUGAAGAAAGAGAAGAAAGAGGAUAAGAAGAAAAACAAAAAGAAGAAAAAGAAGGAGGAGGAUGAGGAUGAGGAGGGAGGUGAAGAAGUGAUGCAAGAGGUAGUGAAGACGCUUUCCUUCCCUUGCGAUCGCUGGCUGGCUGAGGAUGAGGAGGAUGGGGAACUGGUUGUGGAGCUUCUGCCUGAGGACAGCGAGGAGCUGGAGGAGAACACGUACGAGGUGAGUGUGUUCACGGGGAACAUGCUGGGUGCUGGAACAGACGCCCAUGUUUACAUCAACAUCUACGGAGAGAAAGGCGACACUGGGGAGCGCCCCCUGAAGAAAUCCAACAAUGUCAACAAAUUUGAGCGCGGCCAGGAAGACAUGUUCUCCAUAACAGCAGUUGAACUGGGGCCUUUGAAGAAGCUAAGGAUCCGUCACGACAACAGCCACUCCCACUCUGCCUGGUACUUGGACCGAGUUGAGAUUGUAGACACCAAGGACGACACCACGUACUACUUCCCAUGCAACCGCUGGCUGGCUAUAGAUGAAGAUGAUGGGCAAAUUGCCAGAGAGCUGGUGCCUGUGGACGAGGCUUUCAUGAAGAAGGAUGAGGAUGAGGAGGACUCAGGAGCUACAUUAGGGCUGGAGCAGAAAGCCAUGUCAACAACAUACACACUGAGGAUAAAAACUGGGGAGAAGAAAUAUGCUGGAACCGAUGCCAAUGUUUUUGCCAUUCUUUAUGGAGAGUACGAUGACACAGGAAUAAUUAACCUGAAGGCCUGUAAAUCUCACAAGAAUAAGUUUGAGCAGGGAAUGAUUGAUGAGUUCACUGUGGAGGCCGUUGAUCUGGGAGACCUUCAGAAGCUCAGAAUUGGGCAUGACAACUCAGGGGGGUCAUCUGGUUGGUUCUUGGAUUGGGUGGAGAUUAAUGCACCUUCCCAAGGUCAGAAACUACGUUUCCCUUGUGGCCGCUGGCUAGAUAAGGGAGAAGAUGAUGGGGCGAUUGUAAGAGACUUGUACCCAGCUGAACUGCAGACUGAGCUCUACACUCCAUUUGUGCCAUAUGAGAUCAAAGUCUUCACCAGCGAUAUCUUUGGAGCGGGGACGGAUGCAGAUGUCUUUAUUGUUCUCUAUGGACAGAAAGGACUCUGUACUCUUCAGAAAUAUCUUUGUGUGAAUAAGCGAGAAAGACGCAUGUACUUUGAGAGGGCAGCGGAGGAUAUGUUCAUUGUGGAGCUGGAGGAUGUAGGUGACAUCAUUGAGAAGAUUCGCAUUGGACAUGACAACAGUGGCACAAACCCUGGGUGGCAUCUAGACCGAGUGGAAAUAAGAAGACUUUUAAGGAAAGGAAAGGGCUCAGAGACUACUGUCUUUCCAUGUGAGCGAUGGCUGGCUAAGUCUGAGGAUGAUAGUGAAACGGUGAGAGAGCUGGUGCCCUCAGACAUCAUCACAGAGAAGCUCCUGAGAGACGGCACACUGAAGACCACGGAGACAGAGGUGGAUGACGCGCUGGAGACUCACACUUAUAAGGUAUCUGUGAGAACAGGUGAUAUGUAUGGAGCAGGUACAGAUGCCAAUGUGUUCCUAACCAUCUACGGGGACCUUGGAGACACAGGAGAACGCAAACUCAGCAAAUCAGAGAGCAGCAAAAAUAAGUUUGAGCGAGGAGCAGUUGAUAAAUUCAGCAUUGAAGCUGUGGACCUGGGCCAGAUCUUUAAGAUCAAAGUACGCCAUGAUAAUUCCAUGCUGGGUGCAGAUUGGUACUUGGACCAGGUCGAAAUUGUGGAUGUGGACACAGAGGAGGUCUACAUGUUCUUAUGAGAGUGGCUGUCAAAAAAGAAAGAAGAUAAACGUAUUGAGAGAACAUUUUUUGUCAAGGGGUAUGAAGGUGAAAGGAACCCUCAGAACUCAAAGAAAAACAUGCAGAGCUCCAAACCAAGCCUAGACAGCAACAUGAACAAAAAGAAAAAGAAGAAAAAAGCAGUGGCUGUGGAGGAGGGUCCAGUGAUCCCGUACCACUUCACGGUGUCAACAGGGGCAGACCGUGAUGCCAGUACCACCAGUCGAGUUUAUGUGAUCAUAAUGGGUCCAAAUGAUCUGGAAACAGACCGGCUCUGGCUCGACCUCAUUGAAGGAAAGAAGUGUUUUGCAGCAGAAACUAUGGAGAACUUUGAAUGCUAUGGUUUGGACAUAGGAGAAAUUAAGAGGGUGGAGUUAGGUCAUAAUGGAGCUACUCCAGAGAGCUGCUGGCUUGUAGAUGAGCUGUCUGUGGCAGUGCCUACCAAAGGCAUCAAGUACAUAUUCCAGUGCAAGAGUUGGCUUGCCAAGGAUAGGGGAGAUGGCCUGACAGCAAGAGUGUUCAACGUUCUUGAUGCCACCACUAUCAGUAUCAUUCAAAAGGUCAUCUAUCAGAUUACCGUUGUUACAGGAGAUACCCAAUACGCAGGGACAGACACCAACAUAUUCAUAACAGUGUUUGGGGCCAACGGAAGUACGGAGGAGAUCCUGCUACCAAAGAAUGGGGACAGGUUUGAGAGAGAUCAGGAGGACACAUUCAACUUGGAGAUCGAUGACAUUGCUCCCCUUAAAAAGUUAAGAAUUCGCAUUGAUGGGACAGGAAGUCGGCCUGAUUGGUUCCUUGACAAGAUUAUCAUGCGGAACCUGAGCACAGAGGAGGUGUCAGUUUUCACCUACGAGAACUGGCUGUCCAAAACGAAAGGGCCCAAGAGGACAAAGGUGUGUGAGCUCCCCGCAGUGGUGGAUGAUGAGGAGAUGGUGGAGAAAACCACUUACAUCAUUCAAGUUAAAACCAGUGACAUCUCUGGUGCAGGCACAGAUGCUAAUGUGUUCCUGAUUGUGUUUGGGGAGAAUGGGGACACUGGCACUUUAGCACUGAAGGAGAGCAGCAACAGGAACAAAUUUGAGCGCAACCAGGCAGACGUGUUCCGCUUUAGCGACAUCCUCAGCCUGGGAGAGCUUUCCAAGAUCAGAGUGUGGCACGAUAAUAAGGGCCCUGCUCCUGGCUGGCAUUUAGAAAGUGUUGAUGUAAAAGAUGAGCUCAUGAACCAAACCUUUCGCUUCCCUUGUGACCGUUGGCUGGCCAAAAACGAGGACGAUGGCCAGAUUAUGCGGGAGCUGGCAUGUGCCAACAAUGACAUCCUGGACCUCAGUGACAAGACGAAAUAUGAAAUCGACGUUACAACAGCCAACUCUGAAGAUGCAGAGACGAAGGAGAAUGUCUGGAUAGUGCUUGAGGGGAAAAGAGCACGUUCAAAGGAGUUUAUGAUGGAGAACUCUUCAAAGAAAAAGAGAUUCUUGCGGGGGGCAACUGACUCUUUUGAGUUCUCCUCCAAAACUCUGGGAGAGAUUGUUGGUAUCUCUUUGGGCCACAUAACAAAAGAUAAAAAAGUGAAGAAUGGGGCUCACUGGCAUGUUCAGGAGGUGGUGGUGACAGAAAAGGAGCUGCGGAACAAGUAUGUUUUCCACUGUGAUGCGCGCAUCCCUCUCACUGCAAAGAAGGACGAGUUCAUGACCUUCGAGUGCACCAAGUCCAUUGAGAGCUUUGCCAGUAAAGUCCGCAGCCUGGUGCCUGUCAAAUAUGAGAUCAUCGUCAUCACCGGUGAUGUGAAGGGAGCGGGCACAGACGCCAACGUCUUCAUCACCAUCUACGGAGUCAACGGAGACUCAGGGAAGCGCGCGCUGAAGCAGAAAUUCAGAAACCUGUUUGAGAGAGGUCGUACUGACCGCUUUGUUCUAGAGAUGCUGGACCUGGGUGACCUCCUCAGAGUGAAAGUGGAGCAUGACAACAGUAGCCAAACCCCCGGCUGGUUCCUAGAGUGCGUAGAGAUCACAAACACUGCCAACUGGGUGACCACUAUCUUUGUCUGUGGGAAGUGGCUGGACAAGACUAAAGCAGAUGGGAAAAUCGAAAGGGUCUUGUACCCCAAAUACUGACAAUUGUACCCUUUUUGGCAGAUUUUUCAUUUUUAUUUAUUUAUUAAUUUAUUUAGAUCAGUACUUUUGUUUAUUUUCAGUUUGAAGCAGGUGAAUGAGUUGUAUUUGUACUUUUUUUAAACUGCAAUGAAGGCCAAUGUUUCAGAGAAAGCAAAACAGCUUACAUCUAAAUAAUGUUAAGACCCAUUUUGAAGC